AGUACUUGGAAGCAGCGCGUAGGACUGGAUGCGUCUGUGCUCCAGCCUAUCCAUGUCUUUUGUGCCACCAGUUUAGCUGUCCUUGCGCGAUAUUUGUCAUAUUUAAUCAUGUGUUUGAAAAAUGCCAAGUUGUUUUGCGAAUGUUUCACGGUUCAGGACUCUUUGCCUUACUGCUGAUGGUGCUGGAGUGGACCCGUCCAGGCCUGUCCUCCCCAUUACGCCCCAUCUGCGACCUGCGCGUCCUAGACCAUUUCAUUAAGGAGGCAUGGGAUGCAGAGGCUGCUUUGAGAGCUUGUAAGGAUGCUUGCAGCGUUGCAACAAACUUCACUGUUCCUCUGACCAGAGUAGAUUUUGAUGUCUGGGAAGCGAUGAAUAUAGAGGAGCAAGCUCAAGAGGUCCAGUCAGGCAUACAUGUGCUGAAUGAGGCCAUCAGCUCACUACAGGCAUCUAAUCAGACUGAUGUGCUACAGUCCCACAUAGAUGCCAGUAUUAGCAACAUUGCCAGCAUCAGACAAGUGCUGCGAAGUCUCAGCAUACCGGAAUAUGUACCUCCAACCAGUGGUGGAGAAGACAAAGAGAUGCAGAAAGUAUCCUCAAUCUCAGAGCUGUUUCAGGUCCACAUCAACUUCCUGAGGGGAAAAGUGCGUCUUCUGCUCGCCAAUGCACCUGUCUGCCAUCAAGGUGUCAGCUGAUAGACAAUUCUGGGCAAGGGCCAAACUAAUUGGAGCUCCUCAUAUCAGGAGGCAGGAUAUGGGCUAUUACAAAGGAUAUGUCGCCGAAGUUUGAAUGACUGGGAGUCAUAGCACUUGGAAAGAUUUACUCACAAAGGGAAAAGAAGACAUCCCCUCAGAAUGCUAAGCGCCCCCUAUGGCUGUCUACUCUUUGUGUGUUGAGCAUUUGCAAACUCAUCUGCGUUACCUGGCUAAAUCAACCAGAUGUGAACAUAAAACUUAAAGAAAUCACUCCUCUUACCCAAUAUGACUGAUGGCACUUGCCCAGCUCAACUGGGAAGGUUUAUCUGGGAUUCUUUAAAAUUGUUUUGUAUUGCUUAUGAAAUUGUCAUUAUUUAUAUAGAUGAUAUAUUUCUUAGAGCUGGAAUCACUGGCUUUUGCAGAUUCUUUUCUGAAGCUGUUCAAGUGAAGACCUCUCUUCGGCCUCAAGCACCUCCAAACUUUGAAAUGUUGAUAGAGUAAACUAUUUAUCAAUAUUAAUUAUGCACUGUAGGUUUUAUAUUCAUAUCAGUGUUAAGUGUAUGUGUGUCUGUAUGUGUGUGACUUUUGUGAAUGCUGCAGGGAAUGUUUCAAGCAUCAGGGGAGGAAGGUUGUAAUGCUGGAUUCUUACGGGUCAGUUGGGGUGAACAGGAAGCAGGACUAGAUUGCUUCUUGUGUCUGGGGAAUGGGAAGCUUUCGUGAGACCUGAUGAGGCUGUGUUGGCUCCUGUCUGAAUUACGCGGUCUUGUGCAGAUAACGCCGCUGCCAGGAAAAAUAUUGAUUAGUGUGUGUAGUUACGAACAUCCUGGCCUGCUUCCACUUCACGCACGAUGCUGCAUAUUUGCCUAUGGGAAAUGAUUGUAAGGUUGACAUCUUGUUUCUCUUUUUCUGUAUAACUUGUUUGUGUUUUUCGUAAAUAGCCAGUUUUUGUUUUUACAUCUGUCAGUCAGUCUCUGUCUAAAUGCAACAAAGUAUGUUUGUAGAUGUUUUUUCCUGUUAUUUUGCCGUUGUGUGGUUCUUUCAUCACAUUGUUGUUUGGUAUUCAAAUACAAAGUAUUAUUCUUAGCUAAAAAAA